AUGCUCUUGUAUUAUUUAAUCAGAACGUCAUUACAACUGGCAGAAUUAGAACGAGAAGGAGGUGUAUCACCAAGAGUAUCACCUAUGACAAAUAUUAGUGAUGUUGGAAGUCUUCUUUCACGUGCAGGGUUUACUUUGACUACAGUAGAUGUUGAUGAUCUUGUAGUAAAUUAUCCUACAAUGAUUGAAUUAAUCCAAGAUUUAAGAUCAAUGGGUGAAAAUAAUGCCAUUAUAACAAGAAGGCCAUAUUUAAAAAGAGAUACAUUGUUAGCUGCUUCUCUUAUUUAUAAAGACUUUUAUGGAAAUCAAGAUGGGACAAUUCCUGCUACUUUCCAGAUUGGAUGGAAGCCUGAUAUAAACCAACCUAAACCUAAAUCUAGAGGAUCAGCUCAAGUUUCACUGAAAGAAACGUUGAAAGGAGAAUAA